GGCAGGGCGAGCGGUGUUUCGCUCGGGUGGAGAGCGCGCAAGGAUGCUGAGAGAGACGCCCGUGAGAGGACGAACAGGUCGCACGGAUGUAAGAGACGAUGAUGGUUACUUCAAACUACCGCGGGAUGGUUCUCUUUUUCAAAGCCGCAUCCAAAUGAGCCGUAAGAGGAAUUGUGCGGAAAAGAAAAAGACGCGAACGGGAUUAAAAUAAGAAUACAAGGUAAGAAGAAACCUAGAAGAACCUGCAAAUAACUUAUAGUGAAAUAAAAAAAACAGAGAGAAUAUUCGCGAAGACACGCUUGGACGAUUUAUUGGACAGCAGAGCUUUUUCUAAACCAAUAUGCAUAACUUAAGCUUUGCAAGCGAAGUGGACACUUACAUUGACAUUAAUUUUACGUCCUCUGGGAAUUCUACAAGUAGGUAUUCUCCGGCGACCAUUAUAGGGCUUGCGGGGCUGGUGAGCUUCCUCAUCUUGUUUACAAUAGUGGGGAAUGUGCUGGUCGUUAUCGCCGUUUUAACGAGCAGAGCGCUCAAGCCACCGCAAAACCUUUUUCUUGUGUCUCUGGCCAGUGCGGACAUUCUGGUGGCCACCCUGAUAAUUCCUUUCUCUCUGGCCAAUGAAUUAAUGGGCUAUUGGUUUUUUGGGAAAGUUUGGUGUGACAUCUAUCUAGCACUAGAUGUUCUUUUCUGCACAUCUUCUAUUGUUCACCUGUGUGCCAUAAGUCUGGACAGGUACUGGUCUGUAACACAGGCGGUCGAGUAUAACUUAAAGCGGACGCCUCGCAGGGUAAAGGGCAUGAUUGUGGUGGUCUGGUUGAUCGCUGCUGUAAUCUCCUUCCCACCGCUCAUCUCCAUGGACCGGAAUAAUGAGGGUGACAGGAGCGAACCGCAAUGCCAGCUGAACGACCACACGUGGUACAUCCUGUACUCCAGCAUUGGGUCAUUCUUUGCCCCGUGUGUCAUCAUGAUCCUUGUUUACAUCCGAAUCUACCAGGUGGCCAAGACGAGAACCCGAAAUAUGUCUGAAAAGCGCCGCGAUCCGGAUGGAGUAUCAGGAACGCCACGGCUGGAGAACGGCUUGAGCCGUGAGGAUUCUAGGCGGGAAAACGGGCACUGUGCCUCGCCACCACCAGGGGAACGCAAACCAGGCGAGGAUGACCCAGAUGCCGAGCUGGAGGACAGCAGCUCGUCUGACGAGAAGGCCAAGCGGUCACAAAACGAGACGGCGCCCUCACGAAAAGACCGCCGAUCCAGCCGCAAGAACAGCUCCAGCUCCAAGCAUUCCAGCCGAAAGUCCCGAGCCAGCAGCAAGUCCCUGGACUUGUUUUCCUCCCGCAGAAAAAGGAGGAACACCAUUUCGAGGAAAAAAAUUUCCCAGGCUCGAGAGAAGCGGUUCACCUUUGUGCUGGCCGUGGUCAUGGGCGUGUUCGUGGUCUGCUGGUUUCCGUUCUUCUUCAGCUACAGCCUGUAUGGGAUCUGCCGGGAGCCCUGCGCCAUCCAUGAGACCCUUUUCAAGUUUUUCUUCUGGAUCGGUUACUGCAACAGCUCCCUCAACCCCGUCAUCUACACCAUCUUCAACCAGGACUUCCGACGAGCUUUUCAGAAGAUCCUGUGCAAAUCCUGGAAGAGGUCUUUUUAGAGAACAUUGGCAGCUAGUUUGCAGAAUCCAGUGCCAUUUACAGGUGGUUGACAAGGAAGAGACGUUUUCAAAAACACCACUGCCUCUCUCUCUUUGCAUUGACAAUCUGUACACAACAAUGACAUUGAUAUUUGUUUCCUACUUUGUUGUGUAAUGCUCUUCAUGAGUCUGUGAGGACAACAUAUGCUGGUCACAUAGGUGGUACCAAAAGCUAAAGAUGCUUUCAAAAAAGAAAAGAAAACCCACCUGAACUGGAAAGCACUGUACUGCAUUAGAGGAAACAGGCUUAUCUUUAUUAUGGCUGCAGGCACUCUGAAGUUAUCAAGAGAUAUUUUUAUGAUGAGUUUGCACAUAUGGCUUGUGUCAUUGUGACUAGAGAGCUAUGUAACAUGAAAGGCUGUCUCCUUUUAUAUAGUGACCGAAAAAGAAAAACAAGAGAAGUGAAUUACUGUUUCUUUGCAGCUGAGAGAUACAAAACGGACACUGUCGGUUAGGGAGUAUGUGAAGUUUGUCACCGGAUGACAGAUGGAAGAAGAGUGUUGCCCUGAUGUGCUUGGGUAUUGCAUGGUUUGUCCUAAGGGUGCAAAGUCCUGACUGAACCGAGCUCUAUUACAAACUGUUCUUAACUGUCCUUCAGUGAAAUUAAUCACUGUACUGCUGCUCUCUAACAUGCCAUAAAAAGUAUACAGAAGAGGUAUUUACUGGACUAGACUUAAGAGAAACUGUAAGUGGUUUUUCAGUGAUGAUGAUAAAUAAUGAUACAUUUAUUUAUCUACAGGAUUUAUUUAUCAGAUUAUAAACUAUUUAAGCUUUGUGGCUAUGCUUGUACAGUGUAUCCCAUUUGUUCAAAAUAUCAUAGUGAUAUAAUGCAACGUAUAAUAUAUAAGGCUGUUGUAAAUUUAUAAGACAAAACAACUUUUUUUUUGGUUGUUUUUGUAAAUUAUGAAACAUCUGUCUUUAUGGAUGUUGGGCUUCUCUCCUUUUCUAUUCCAUAUACUUGUGAUAUCUCCAAAAUGACUGACAGGUCACUACAAGCACAGCUGAUGAUCAAACAAAAAUGAACAAAUAAAUGGAUUGUACUUC